AAAAUAUUUAUUAUCAUAAUCUUCUUCAAAUUAUUAUUACGUUUUAUACUUUAUAGGCAAAUCGUAAAUGUGGCCCUACAUCAUUUGGUUUUUACUUUUUAGACACCGCCGCUGUCCUAUCUUCUUUCAUUUUCAUUUUGUGCUCUCGUUCUGCUCUCUUUCAUUUUCAUUUUCAUUUUCUCCCUCCGGACAACCGGCCACCGACCACUUCUUCCGCGUCAAGUGUGGAAAAAUGGGGACUCGAGAAGUCUACGAAGAGAAGCUUCGAAGAGGGAACCUGCACCAUGAUCCAACUCUGAAACCGGGCCUCGGCUCGGCCCGAUGCCCCCGUUGUCUUUCUCUGUUGAACCCAAGCAAAGAAAGUUCGGAAUGGAAAGUCGCCCCGGUUUUACACGAUGCCAUGUCUGUGGCUGGAUCCGGGAUUGGUGGGAUGCUUAGUGCAGUUCAUGGGUUCAAUACAGGAAUUCCAUAUUUCCAGAAGAACGUGAAAGGGCCAAAGUGGCUUCCAUUUGUCAUUGGGCUUCCUCCCCUGCUUAUGUUUUCCGCUGCUAGUGCUGCUUUUGGAGGUUAUGCACUUCCAAAGUUUGCUCAACUCACGGUGACAUCCUAUUUUGCUGCUUCAAGUGCAUCUCAUUAUGGCAUUUCAUUGCUGACCCGACACAUAGAGGAGGACUAUAUCUCCAGAAUCGAACAUAAGGAGCUUAGAUGAAUGAUUGGAGGUGGUACAAUAUGAACUUUUUUACUGGUGACCAAUUUUGUCAGCCUUUAAACUUCUACUAAAUGUAUAUCUAGUAACUUCUUCCUUUUCAUCUAUUUCUUUGACGGAAAAUUUAUGCGUGCUUACUUAUGGUGGUGUAUCCUCUCUGCCUCACAUACAAAAGUUUACUUGUAAAUGUAUUGAGUGCUCAAAUUUUUAACUGUUUCCAUACUCAGCUUCUUUAAGUUUCCAUAAUGCUUGGUACGGGCUAUAGUAA